UUUAUCCUUUCUUUUUCGCCAGCCAUGUUACAAAAUAGAAAUUUGAUAUUCAAAAUAUUAAAUACAAAAUUUUUUUUUGUACCCAAAGCUAGCAUGUAUGGCAAUGCCUUAAUUAAGAAUCGAGAUGUUGUAGGAUAUGGAAAUAAUGGAGAACCAGUGUAUUUUGAUAUACCCAUAACACCUUGCCCUGCUAUUAGAUUUAAAGAAAAUACGCCAGAAGUUCUGAAGCUUAGAGAAAAGGAGAUGAAAGAUUGGAAAAAUUUGAGUAUUGAAGAAAAAAAAGAAUUAUACAGAAAUAGCUUUCGACAAACUUACAGUGAAAUGAAUGCAUAUAUACCAUACUGGAAAAAUUAUUCUGCUACCACUAUAUUUAUUCUUACUAUUUCUAUUUGGAUGUUUAUUUACACUAGUAGAUAUGUAUUUGAUAAUGUGCCUUCAACAUAUACAAGAGAAUAUCAGGAGGGAAUGCUGAAACAAAUAAUUGAGUCAGGCCAGCACCCUAUAACUGGCCCUUCCUCUAGAUGGGAUUUUGAAAAUCGCAAAUGGAAAAAUUAAUCUAAUUUUUAAAAAAAUGCAAUCAUAUAUUAUAUGUUAGCUAAUAUUGUUUUUAAUUUGUAAUAUUUAUGGAAAUGCUAUUAGUAUUACAUAUUUAAUAUAUACAUUUGAUUUUACCUCAUCGAUUAUAAUA